UUGCGCGCCGGUUUUUGAGCGCGCCUUCCGGGCGCGGCGCUCCGGGCUGCCCAGGGGUGGGCGCGGGCCGCGGCUGCGCGCCAUGGCGCAGCUGGAGGGCUACUACUUCUCGGCCGCCUUGAGCUGCACCUUCCUAGUGUCCUGCCUGCUCUUCUCCGCCUUCAGCCGGGCACUGCGGGAGCCUUACAUGGACGAGAUCUUCCACCUGCCGCAGGCGCAGCGCUACUGCGAGGGCCGCUUCUCCCUGUCGCAGUGGGAUCCUAUGAUUACCACAUUGCCUGGCCUGUACCUGGUGUCAGUUGGAGUGGUCAAGCCUGCCACCUGGAUCCUCGGAUGGUCUGAACAUGUUGUCUGCUCCAUUGGAAUGCUCAGAUUUGUCAACCUUCUCUUCAGUGUUGGCAACUUCUACUUGCUGUAUUUGCUUUUCAGGAAGGUACAGCCCAGAAACAAGGCUUCUUCAAGUAUCCAGAGGAUCUUGUCAACAUUAACCCUAGCAGUAUUUCCGACCCUCUAUUUUUUUAACUUCCUUUAUUAUACCGAAGCUGGGUCUGUGUUCUUCACUCUUUUUGCUUAUCUGAUGUGUCUUUAUGGCAAUCAUAGGACUUCGGCCUUGCUUGGAUUCUGUGGCUUCAUGUUUCGCCAGACCAAUAUCAUCUGGGUCGCCUUCUGUGCGGGACACAUCAUUGCACAGAGGCUAAGUGAGGCUUGGAAGACCGAGCUACAGAAGAAGAAGGAAGAGAGGCUCCCCCCAGCUAAAGGGGCGCUUUCAGAGCUCAGACGAGUUCUUCGGUUUCUUCUGGUGUACUCCAUGUCAUUUAAGAACCUGAGUGUGCUUUUCCUUCUCACCUGGCCCUACGCGCUCCUGCUCUUGGCGUUUUUGGUUUUCGUGGCAGUUAAUGGUGGGAUUGUUAUUGGUGAUCGGAGUAAUCACGAAGCCUGUCUUCAUGUCCCUCAGCUAUUCUACUUUUUCUCGUUUACUGCUUUCUUUUCCUUCCCCCACCUACUUUCUCCUUCCAAAGUCAAGACUUUUCUUAGCUUAGUUUGGAAACGUAGAGUUCAGUUUUUUAUGAUUACCUUAGUCUCGGUAUUUUUUGUUUGGAAAUUCACUUAUGUCCAUAAGUAUUUACUGGCAGACAAUAGGCACUACACAUUUUAUGUGUGGAAGAGAGUAUUUCAGAGACACGAAAUUGUGAAAUAUUUAUUAGUUCCAGCCUACGUGUUUGCUGGUUGGGCUAUAGCUGAUUCUUUGAAAUCAAAAUCAAUUUUCUGGAAUUUAAUGUUUUUUGUAUGCUUGGUUACUUCUACAGUUCCUCAGAAACUACUAGAAUUUCGUUACUUUAUUUUACCGUACAUUAUUUAUAGGCUUAACAUACCUCUGCCACCCAUAUCCAGACUUGUUUGUGAAUUGAGUUGCUAUACAGUUGUUAAUUUUCUAACUUUCUAUAUCUUUCUGAACAAGACUUUUCAGUGGUCCAAUAAUCAGGACAUUCAGAGGUUUAUGUGGUAAUGGCAGGAAUAUUUUGAACUUUAAAAGACUAU